CACAGUCAUCGAAGCCAUGUUCGUUCGCCUUUGCCACUUACAGCUGCCCGCUUCAGGUACGCUCCAUUUCUUCCUCCUCCGCUCCAUCAAACACCCAACAAUCUCUGAAUCAAUUUAUGCGGUUUAUUCAGUCGCAAAUUUCUGGUAGUAAUUCUCCAAGGUUCUCGUUUCAUGAUUCUUGGAUCACGAGCGUAUCUCCAUGGACAUUCUCUUUGCUCAGAUCCAAGCCGACCUUCGCUCCAACGACGCGCUUCGCCAAUCCGGUGCUCUCCUACAGGCGCUGCAACAAUCCGCCGCCGGCCGGGAUAUCUCUGUUAUCGCCAAGUCCGCCGUUGAGGAGAUCGUAGCCUCCCCUGCUUCUGCCGUCAGUAAGAAGCUCGCAUUUGAUCUUAUUCGCUCUACUCGUCUUACUUCGGAUCUUUGGGACAUUGUGUGCACUGGCAUUCGCACUGAUUUCGACUUUCCUGACCCUGAUGUCACCGCUGCUGGGGUUUCAAUUCUCGCUGCGAUCCCUUCCUAUCGCCUUGUCAAGCUGAUUAGUGACUCCCAUAAAGAAAUUUCUGCUUUUUUCGAUUCCAAUAGUGAUAAUUUGAGGUUCUCGAUCACCGAAACUUUGGGGUGUAUUCUUGCUAGGGAUGACCUUGUCACGCUCUGUGAGAAUAAUGUUAGUUUGCUAGAUAAGGUUUCCAAUUGGUGGUCGCGUAUUGGGAAAAACAUGCUGGAUAAGUCGGAUGCGGUUUCAAAGGUUGCGUUCGAGUCAGUCGGAAGGUUGUUCCAGGAAUUUGAUUCGAAGAGAAUGAGUAGGUUGGCAGGUGAUAAGUUGGUGGAUAGUGAAAAUUCACUUGCUAUUAGGUCCAAUUGGAUUUCAUCAAUGGCGGACUUCGUUUGGAAGAAGCGAAAUGCAUUAAUGGCGAGGUCCCUGAUUCUGCCUGUGGAGAGCUUUAGGGCCACUGUGUUUCCAAUUGUGUAUGCAGUGAAGGCUGUGGCUUCUGGGGCAGCUGAAGUCAUCAGUAAGCUUUCGAAAUCUUCUACUGGAAAUGGAACCACUAUGGACUCAAGUGCGGAGAGGUUUGUGGGAGUCUCAGAUGUAGCAACCCAUUUGGCGCCAUUUUUAGCUUCGUCGUUGGACCCGGCAUUGAUUUUUGAGGUAGGGAUUAAUAUGCUGUACUUGGCUGAUGUGCCUGGAGGGAAGCCUGAGUGGGCUUCUCAGUCGAUCAUAGCAAUUCUCACGCUCUGGGAUAGGCAAGAAUUCUCUUCUGCUAGAGAGAGUAUUGUUCGGGCAGUUGUUACCAAUCUUCACCUCCUUGAUCUGCACAUGCAGGUUUCAUUGUUCAAGAGACUACUUCUUAUGGUGAGGAACUUGAGAGCAGAGUCAGAUCGUAUGCAUGCCUUAGCGUGUAUUUGUCGUACAGCUCUCUGUGUCGACCUUUUUGCCAAAGAAAGUGUUCGUAGAGGUCAAAAACCUCUUGCAGGAACUGAUAUUGCUUCUUUAUUUGAAGAUGUUAGAAUUAGAGAUGAUCUUAAUACUGUUACGAGUAAAGGCUUGUUUAGGGAGGAAUUGGUUGCUUCAUUGGUGGAAAGUUGCUUUCAGUUAUCUUUACCUUUGCCCGAACAGAAGAACUCUGGGAUGGAAAGCAGAGUUAUUGGAGCCUUGGCCUAUGGAACUGGUUAUGGAGCACUAAACUGGACAGAGCCUGCAUUGGAGGUGGUUGAAGUCUGUAGGCCCUGUGUCAAGUGGGAUUGUGAUGGCCGCACAUAUGCAAUUGAUUGUUACUUGAAGUUGCUAGUUAGGCUAUGCCAUAUAUAUGAUACCAGAGGAGGAGUAAAAAGAAUCAAGGAUGGAGCAUCUCAAGAUCAAAUUUUGAAUGAGACAAGGCUGCAAAACUUGCAACGUGAACUUGUGAAAGAUUUACGUGAGGUAAAUACCCCAAGAAUAACUGCCCGUCUUCUUUGGGCAAUUUCAGAGCAUAUUGAUCUUGAAGGCUUGGAUCCCCUUCUAGCUGACGAUCCUGAUGACCCAUUAAAUAUUAUCGUUACAAAUAUCCACAAGGUCUUAUCGAACGUAGAUUCAGCAGUAGAGACAACAAAUAGACUUCAAGAUGUGCAGGCAGUGCUUUUGUGUGCUCAGCGAUUAGGCUCUCGUCACCCUAGGGCUGGCCAGUUAUUGACUAAAGAACUUGAAGAAUUCCGAGCUAAUGGCUUGGCAGAUUCAGUCAACAAACACCAAUGCCGUUUAAUUCUACAGAGAAUUAAGUAUGCUUCAAACAAUCCAGAAAGCAGGUGGGCUGGUGUCAGUGAAGCCAGAGGAGAUUACCCAUUUAGCCAUCACAAACUAACCGUGCAGUUCUAUGAAGCAGCUGCAGCUCAGGACAGAAAAUUGGAAGGUUUGGUUCACAAGGCUAUUUUAGAGCUUUGGAGGCCAGACCCUAGUGAAUUAACUCUUUUGCUGACAAAAGGAAUUGAUUCUACUCUUCUCAAGGUUCCUCCAACUGCAAUUACUUUGACUGGCAGUAGUGAUCCUUGCUAUGUUGAAGCAUAUCAUUUAGCAAAUUCAAGCGAUGGAAGGAUUACUCUACAUUUGAAGGUUCUAAAUUUAACUGAGCUUGAACUAAAUCGUGUGGAUAUCCGAGUUGGGUUGUCUGGAGCAUUAUAUUUCAUGGAUGGUUCUCCUCAAGCAGUGAGACAGCUGCGUCACCUUGUGUCUCAGGAUCCAGUUCUGUGCAGUGUGACAGUUGGUGUUUCA